AUGUGGAACAAAGUUGCACAGUUAGCCCUGGAUCAAAGCAAUUUUUUCAUAGCUCAAAGAUGUUUUGCUGCUCUUGGCGACUUUGCAAGGGCUCGAGCAGUUUUUGAAAUAAUGGAACUUGCGGAAAAAGCAGCAAAAGAAAUCGGAGGUGAUGGAACCCAAUCAUAUAAAGUGAGAGCAAAUGUUGCACAGUUAAGACGAAAGUUCAAGGAAGCGGAGAAGACUUAUUUGGAACAGAAUGCUGUGGAAGAAGCUAUUGAGAUGUAUCAAACUCUACACAAAUGGGAUGAAGCGCUGGAACUGGCAAAAGCUGUGGUAAUAAAACUCACGAUUAUUUUACAAUGCAUUUUUCAAAGCAAUAAUGGUGCUAAUAAGCAAAAUUUGCUCCGUUCUCGCUUCCACUCUUCCUCAAAAUUAGCCUCCCAAACGUGGGUCUUCCAAGCACGGACGAAGCUACGAAUAGGCAACUUAAAGCAACUGAUUUUUUGAGA